AUGCCACCGAAGAAAGCUCCAGCCAAGAAGUCAGCUGACAGUGUGGAAACCCCAAAACGUGAAGCUAAAGGGGGUACGGCAGUGAAAGUGCGUCAUAUUUUGUGCGAGAAACAGAGUAGAGCUCUAGAGGCUAUUGAAAAACUGAAGUCGGGCCAGAAGUUUCAUGAAGUGGCAGCUCAGUACAGUGAGGAUAAAGCACGAUCUGGGGGUGAUCUUGGCUGGAUGGCUCGAGGUUCGAUGGUUGGUCCAUUUCAGGAUGCCGCGUUCGAGUUACCAAAAAGUACUUGUGACAAACCCAUUUACACUGAUCCACCUGUAAAAACAAAAUUCGGUUAUCAUAUUAUAAUGGUUGAAGGCAAGAAAUAG